AAUACAAAGAGCACCAGUUAACCGGUGCCCCUUUAUUUUUAUACAUUUCUAAAACACCUAAUUUAAUAACCACGCCUCACUCAGUCAUUCUCCUUUUCCUCUUCCUUCGUUCCCCCUUUCUCCCCUCUAUCACUCCACCGCCACUUCUUAGCUUCCCCACCACCAUUCCUGAGCUUCCACCACCACCCCUUUCACCGCCAGCCCACUUUAUCUCUCCAUUUCUUCUCUUUGUCAGCUCUCGUUCUCUUUCUCCUUCGAAAAUCAGCGUCAAUUUUCAAACCAAAUACAACCAUCGCCGCCGCCGCCGCCUAUUUCUUAAAUAAACAAUAAUGGAGGUUAGAGUUUGUGGGUGCGUUUAUUUCGAAUCAAUUGGAUGUUCGUGCUUCUUCAACAACAACAAAUACAAAUCAAUUUCGAACAAAAAAAUCAGAAAUUUGAGUGCACCCUUGCUGCUGCUACUUUUGCUCUGCUGUAGCUGCUGCUUUUGCUCUGCCGAGAUUAGGGGCAGGUGUGGCUUUAAGCCUAUGUUUUUAUAUUAAUUUAUACUUGUUGCCUACAACUAUGACUUUAAUAUCUUCUGGAAAUGAUGACUUUGUUUGGGAGUAUUCUUGCUGAAGCCAUUGACAAGAUUGGGGCUAAUGGUGUUAUCUCUAUUGAGUCGUUCUCAACCUCUGAAACUUACAUAAUUGUUGAAAAGGGAAUGAAGGAACUGUACAAUAACAAUAUCAGGGGGCCAAUACCUAGUGAGCUGGGUAAUCUGACAAAUUUGGUCAGUUUGGAUCUCUAUUUGAACAGUUUCAACGGUCCAAUUCCGCCAUUCCGGAGUCUGUGGGCAGGCUAUCGAAGUUGUGCUUUCUGUUACAUAUGGAUCUGUAAUCAAAUUGGUGCAUGAAAUAACAAAAUUCAGGCUACAUUCAAGUUGCUUUAUUCCCUAAUAUGGACGCUGCAUUCUCUUUAGUGCUGCUGCUUCGGUACUGCUGCUGUUUAGCUACUGUGAUGCUGCUUUUCUGCUACUGGGCUGCUGCUAUAUAUAUUUUUUUUCUUUUUUUUUUUCAAGUGUAAAAUUACAGGUUAUUAAUGAAAAUUAUCGAUUUCAAGUAUAUUAUGUAUAUCUAUAACAGUCUGGUGAUAAAUUCAGAUGAAAAAAAGCUAAAAGAAAAUAUUUAGUGCAAAAAGUAAUGAAUUAUAUUUUUUGUAAAAGUGGGUACCUAUUAUUAUCACC